AUGGUGGCCAGGAGUGCGCCUAAACGUUCGUUACUCAAAGAUAAGGCAAAAACCACACCGCAAUUCCGAGAAGCGUUUACUGGUCCAACAUGUUUGUAUAGAUUCCUUUCGGAACGCCCACAAAGAUUUCUCACGAGAAAUCUUACUUAUAUGGUACAAGCUCGCAAAAAAAGGCCAAUUAGUGGUAAAAUUGAAAUGCAUAAAUACAUUUCGUUAAAUGAUCUCUAUAACAGACGAAUAAAAGAAGAGCAACAACGAUUAACUAUGAAAUCAAGCAAACUUUUGACUUCCACGACAAUUAAAUCUUAUCGAAGUUGCGUCAAAUCUGAAGAAGAAGCUCUCCCAGUUACAUUCAUAUUUCGUGUCGUGGAUUGUGACAUUAAACAAAUGGUCAAAGGAUUUAUAUGUCCAUGGUGUAAUCGUGAUUAUCUGGAUAGUCGUACUUUAUUUUAUCAUCUCUCAAACAAUCACGUUCAUCUCAAAUUCGGGACAAAGAAUGGGAAAAAUGUACCCAGUGAUCGAAUUAUUGUCACAGUCGUAAAUGAGGAACAUUCCGAUCUAGAAUACUUUAGCCUUGUCAAGUCGGAAGGAGUUUUACGACCCAAAUCAUUUGCCUUCCCAAUAAUUCAAAAUUCAAAGCCUAUUCAAUUGCCACUGAUGAAUUUUUAUCAUUCGCAGUCUUUCAUGCCUUUCACACCUGAUGAUUCUGAUGGUGACUCAGACGAAGAGAUGUGUACCCAUUGGAUACAACAAACUAGUGAUGAGAAUUUGGAUGAAUUACCAGAACUAAAUAACUCGGAAAAACUACUCAUGAAGAUGUGGAAUAGGCACAUUGAACCGUACAGAGGACUUGGCGACUGCCAUUUGCCUGAAGUUUGUCUUUUAUUUGCAAAAAAUCGUGCCACAGAAAUUGCUUCGUUCAAUUUAAGAAAUAAUUUUGUUCUUCAUUUGAUGACUUUGGCACAAUAUCAAAUGAUUGACGUAACUUGUACCACAAGAUGCUUAGGUUAUGUGGAUAGAGCAAUAGAUUCUAUGGGAACAAAAUGA